AUGUCUCUAUUUGCUUUCGCUACGCUUCUUGCCAGCCUCUCGGGAGUAUCUGGCAAGACUGUGAAGUCACCAACUCCACCUAUGGGAUGGAACAGCUACAAUCACUAUAACUGCAGACCUUCAGAGGAUAUCAUCAAGAUCAAUGCUAAAGGAUUGGUCGACCUCGGGUUCUUGGAUCUUGGUUAUAGCAUCGUAACUGUUGACUGCGGUUGGCCAUCGAGAGAUCGAGACAGUGAGGGAAGGCUCCAGUGGAACGAAACAUUGUUUCCAUCUGGGCCUAAAGCUUUAGGAGAGUAUAUCCAUGAUCUGGGGCUAGAGUUUGGCCUUUAUUCGGGUGCCGGAUAUCUUCAAUGCGGUUCAUCAGAUAUUCCUGCGUCCUUGGGAUACGAAGAGAUUGAUGCAAAGUCAUUUGCCGAAUGGGGUGGGGAUACUCUCAAAUAUGACAACUGCUAUGCGACAUCCAAAACUGAGAUGGUAGAUGCCGAUUCAGCAGAGGCAAAGAGCCCCGAACGCUUUGUGAAGAUGGCUGCGGCAAUCAACGAGACUGAUCGUGACAUCCAAUACUUCCUCUGCCAAUGGGGUAUUGGUGAAGAUGUUCCGCAAUGGGCUGCCCCAUUAGGAAACUCUUGGAGAAUGAGCAACGAUAUCUUCAACGCAUGGAGAGCCAUCUGGCGCAUCACCAACCAGGCGGUAGCGCAUUCCAAGUAUAACGGACCUGGUACAUUCGCAGACCUGGAUAUGCUCAUUAUUGGACUCGGUGCCCUAUCAUAUGAAGAGGAACGCUUCCACUUUGGCUUCUGGUCCAUGAUGAAGUCGCCACUCAUCAUCGGCGGCGUAAUGGAUGCCAAGCAAAUUCCCACAGAGUCCCUUGAAGUCAUGUCCAACAAGGAGGCCAUUGCCAUAAACCAGGAUCCGUUGGCAGAAGCAGCUAAGUUGGUCGUGCGAUACACUGAAGAAGAGUGGGAUGUAUGGGCUGGCAACCUUUCUUCCGAUCGCAAGGUUCUUGGCGUUGCCAACUGGAAGAAUGAGACUCAGACGGUGAAGGUUGAUCUGAGCCUCAUUAGUGUUAAGGAAGCAACGGCGCGCGAUGUGUGGGCUCAUAAGGAUGUUACCGUCUCUGGUAAUCAGCAGUUUGAACUCAAGCCCCACGAGCUGCGACUCCUUGUCCUAUCAGACAUUACUCAAACUGCACCCCCAAAGUCGGCUGGUUAUUACUCAGCUCAAGAUGCAAAUCUCGAUGGCACCGCGUCAGUAGUCGAUUGCAAAGAAAGCGAAUGUCUUCCAGCCAACAAAAAGGUCGGAUCCAUUGGCAAGGACGCAAAGGUCACCUUUGAGAAGGUCAAUGCACCCAAGGACGGCUCGCUCUAUGUCGGCAUCGACUACAUCAACCACGAAUACCACCACACCAUCGGCGACUGGGAAACAAACUCCCGCAACAUGUCAAUCUCCGUCAACGGAGAGGACGCAAAGCGCUGGGCGUUCCCUAAUGCUGGAGGGGAUUGGUUUGAGAGCGACCGCCUAACGAUCCUCCUUGAUGGCUUUACCAAGGGGGAUAAGAACGCUAUCACUUUCACAGCUUCUGCUGAUGGGAAAUGGGCGCCUGAUCUGGUAGGCUUUGAGGUAUUGGCAUGA